AAAUGAUCGUGUAGAAAAGGCCAUCUGAAAGCUGUCAAGUGAAUUUAUCCUAAAGUACGAGUUUAUGGAUACAGUAAACCAUCUUCCCACACGUUUCAAAACCCGAAGUUAUUACCCGAUGAAGAAAUUGAGAGACGAGGAAAAGUAUUUAAACAUUCUGAGCACAAGUGUUCGACUCAGCUUCACUGACAACCGUGUGAUGGUCGGAAAUUACUGUAAGAAGUUUUACCAAGCCAACAAUAUCUGAUUACUAUUCUAUUACUUCCGCAAGAAAAAUUAUAAUCCACAGCGAGGGUAAAGGGCACGAAGGCUUUAAGAUUGUUCGGAGCGUCUUUGGCAAUAAACCUCGUGAUUACAGGUUUAUAUUCGAUAAUCUAGUAAGUUAUUGUCUUUCUUGAAGUGAUUGGUCCAGGCUGGCCAGAGAGAGGAUUAGUCCCAGGAACAGCCAAAUACCUUACAAAUGAUGUGUACUCCAACCAGAGUGUCGGUUCUGCUGCUAUGUGCUCUGUUCUGCCUGUUCCAAGUCUCAAAGGCGACAACAAUGUGCAAAGCCAUCUGUGCCAAUAUCGCCAAGGAGGACUCACAAGCUUUUUGCGAGGCACGUAUAUGUGACAUUUUUGAUGAUAUCGAGCGACAAAAAAUAUUGUCUGCCAUCGCGGAAAAUGCUCUUCUUAGGACUUCAGGAGGAGGCCUCCUUGCAGAUACCGACAAACGUCAAGCGGGUUUUUUACGAAUAGGACGCGGUGGUUUGGAGGAUAGUGACAUGUAUGCUGUUAAACGGGCUGGUGGAUUUCUUAGAAUUGGUAGAAGUUUUGGUGACAAUUCAAAAAGAGCUAGUUCGUUUCUGAGGAUCGGGCGUGGUAAUGGCGAGUUAGAAGAAAAUGAGGCCGACUUCAGGUCAGAUUCAUUUCCAAGUGAAGGCAACAAGGAUGUAGCUAAGCGAGCCCCCAAUGCAUUCCUACGCAUUGGAAAGAAGGAUAAUGACAAACGAGCUCCAAGUUCAUUCUUACGUAUCGGCAAAGCUAUUAAUGAUGAUGAGAAGCGAGCAAGUUCAUUUUUGAGAAUAGGAAAGAAGUCUGAUGGCGUGACUGAGGGGAAAAGGGCCAGCUCAUUUGUGAGAAUAGGGAAGGAUAUGGCAGACAAAAACAAGCAAAAUAGUUUGAAUUUCCAAGAUAAAAGAGCCAGUUCGUUUUUACGAAUAGGUAAAAGCAACGACAAACGAGGACCUAAUGCAUUUUUGCGAAUUGGUAAGAAAGACGAUGACGACGAUGAUGGUAAACGUGCUAGUUCAUUUCUCAGAAUUGGUAAAAAAUCAAAUGGUUCAAUAACUCAAAAACGAGGGUUCGGAUUCGUCAGAAUUGGUAGAAAUGUAUUGAAAUCGGACGCUGAAAAACGAGCAAACUCAUUUGAGGCGAACAAACUAAACGACAAGGUUUUUUAAGGAUCGGUAAAUCAGUAAAUGAUAAACGACAAGGUUUUCUACGUAUUGGAAAAUCAACAUUUUAGUAGCGAACGUCAUGAAACGUCCUUGAAAAUUUGAAUAAGAAAUACAAAAGUCUUGACUGUCUUUAUCAUUCAAUCCUGAUUGCCGAUCUCAAAAUUACUUUAACAAACUCACUUAUACACAUUUUCCCUUUAAUAUGAUUGAUGGCCAGUAUACACUUACAAAUGACUUAUUUUGGGUUUAUGAAAAGAUUUGACAUUCAAAAACGAUGUUCGAAACGAUAAUUAGUGCUAAGAGCAAGGUGUAUACUAUUCCUUCGAUUGUUAGGGAGGAGAGGGUCAAAUUAAAUAUUCUAAUAUUACGAUGUCUCCACUGGGUAGAGUUAUUGUGUUGAGCAUGAUACAGCAUAUCACCGAACAGUUACAAUAUUGUAUUUUGACAAUCCAUCACUAGAAAUGUUUCGAUUUAUUUUAUUCAUCAUGACAGCUAUACAUAAAUAGGAUAAGAUAUUGUUUAUUAAUUGUUUUGUUUCAUGCAUUCGUUUUUUAUUAGUCGUACUUCCCACAUACCAAUAUUUAUUGAUGCACGAUGACAUUGUUGUCCCAACCAGCUGCCAUUUCCACUUGAUCACAACAAAUGACUCCACAAUUCUGCAAUUAAUAAGACAUUUGUUUGUCUGACAAAUGGGAAAGACAUCUUGUUUAUGUCAUUCAAGGGGAUACAAUCAUUAGCCAGACAGCAUAAAACAACAUAAUAGUUAUGGCCAUCUUAGAUUAACUACAAUUGCGAAUUUGAAGAAUAUUUACAUCUGCGCAUGCGCACGAUGAGUUUACGGAAGGGAAGGGUUUAACAUUCUUGCCGUGUCAGUUUGAUAUUUUCAGAAGAGACCUAGGCCUACAGAACUGCGGUUCUUCGAAAUAGUGUAUGAAUGGCGCAGGAUAGAUAUUUUCUGUAUCGUCCGAGAAAUACAAAUUGUAUCCUCCCGGUCCCGCCCCAAAUUUCGAUUUUAGAAAUCAUUGAUUGUUUAAUAUUGGAAUAGUGAAGCCAUUUAUUAUGAGAUGUUUCACUAAGUUUUUUAAGUUUUAAAAUCUUGAUAUGAAUAGUUUUAAGUAUUUGAAAAAGUUGUCAAAAACGAAACUGACUAUUUUACAAAAAUCCCCUUUUGAACAUUUUGAAAUCUUAGAUGGUAGAAUUCAUCUAAAACCUUAUUAGGAAUACAUCUGCAAUGUACGGUCAGUUUUGGAUCUAGGGUUUAUUUUUCAGAAAAUGUGUCCUUUGAGAAAUACAUAGAUAUCCCUCGGAAUAAAACCUGAAUCCAAAACUCAUCAGUACAUAACACGUACCUCAUCUAUGAAUAGCUUUUCCACUCUUAAAAAUGAAUUACU